GUGGAGGGCAGGCCCCUGGGGUCCGGGAGGCGACCUGGCCGCAGGCGCAGAGCUGGCAGCGAUGACCCCAGACCCCCACGCCGAGGUCCUCCGUGGUGGAGCGGGAGCGCCCUGGGCCGCCCUGGUCCCCGAGCAGCUGCGCUUCUUGGAACCUGAUGUCGUUCACGGAUCGUGGGAGCUUUCCAAGAGCAGAGAGACCCAUCAGGCAGUGCCAGCGGGGAAGCAGGCGGAGGGCGGUAGGCGUCCACGGGAUGAACCAGCUGCAGACGGGCUCCACACGGCACCUGGCGCUCACCGUGCAGGUGCGCUCACGUGGUGUCAUCCAUACCUGCUGUCUUGCAUCCUGAGGUCGGAAGUAACCGCUGCUACUGUGUCCUGGGUCCACGAGCCGCAGAAGAGGGGGGCAGCGGCGGUCCACCAGCCCCACUCGCCUGUGCCCGCGGGGACAGUCCCCCAGCAGCCGGGUGCCCCCAGGGCAGCGCUCCUGGUUCCCAGGUUCCGGGCUCCGUGGACCUGGAUGUCCCCUCCCCAGACGCUGUCGCACGGAUGGCGGCGGAUCGCGCCCGGCUCAGAAGCUGCUGUCACCCCGACCUCCUCCUCCUAGGCCCGCAGGCAAAGGAGGGACACGAUGUCCCCAGUAGGCCCGACGGUCCGAAGCAGCGCCCCGGGAGCAGGGAGCGACCCCGGCCCAGGCCCCCUGAGUGCUGCUGCCGCCCUCCGGUGCGCGUCUGGGAGCUUGCCCGGGUCACAGCCCCGGGGACCGUGGCUCCUGCGAUGGCCGCUGGCCUCCUGGGGCUCCUACGGCUCAGCCGGCGGUGCUGCCCCACGUCGGAGAAAGGCCCUUAGGUCCUUAGGUCCUGUCAAUCAUACACCGUCAGGAUUGCCCGGGGCAUUAAAAUGUUAUGAUUUUAACGAAUUAAUAAAUUACGAUUGACUUAAUUGUUAAAUAAACAAGUAAAUACACUUA